AGCACCAUCCGGGAUAUCUGUGUUCUCCAGUCAACUUCGACAAGUGAUUAAGUGAUAUUUUGAAGACUAAAAAAUAGUCGGUUGUGUUCGAGUUUAUCGAGGUGAUAUUAUCGAAGAUACCAAUGAAAAUGCAGGGAUACCAAGGAAGAACCUUUGAUGAUGAUCAGAGGAAUAGAAGAGACGAGGAGACUAUUGUCGUUGAUCUUGUGCCACCGCAAUAUCAAUUGAGUCCACCUCAUAGUCCGCAAAUCGGAAGUGUCAUUCCGAAAACCCCAGAGAAAGAUGCAUCAUCCCCAAGCAGUCACCAGUCGCAGUGUCCGCAGCCAUCACUUGCCAGCAUGGAUCCAAACAUAAGGCGUUACAGAACAGCCUUCACUCGUGAACAAUUGUCACGUUUGGAGAAGGAAUUUCAUCGUGAAAAUUACGUCAGUCGUCCAAAAAGGUGUGAACUUGCUGCUGAACUACACCUGCCCGAAUCGACAAUCAAGGUGUGGUUUCAAAAUCGCCGAAUGAAAGACAAACGUCAGCGAAUGGCAAUGGCCUGGCCGUACGCAAUGUAUGCAGAUCCAGCGAUAGCAGCUGGCCUUCUUGCAGCAGCCACAGCAGCCAUGACACCAUCGCCUUAUCACUCAAGCCCAGUACCUGGUGGACAUCUUGGUGUUACACCGAGUUAUCCAACAGCAGCAGCAGCGGCCUACUAUGCAGCAAGAUAUCAUCCAUAUGGAAAUGGUGGAAAUGGCUCGUCACUUCAUCGACCUCAUCCACAAUCACCAGCCUAUCCACCACAUCCUCAUCUCAUGCAACCCCAUCAUCCCCUACCACCUCUUCAUCUGCCUAUUCCAAAUGUCAACAACUUUGUCGCCACGCCCACUAGUCAGACUGUUAAUCCACCCUUGACACCAAGAGCUGGGGGUGAAUACAGACCUGCGCACGUACCAGAGCUCAGUCCAGCUCAUUCUGAUGCAUCCAGUGAUUGCGAUUGCGCAGGAUCACUGCAUCAUCAUCAUGGACAUCAUCUUCAGGCUCGUGAUAAGGCAUCACCACCACUUAAACUGCCCGUUGGAAUUAAUCUUGUGGGACUUCCAGCUCAGAUUCAGAGCAUUCAGAGUGCAUUCGAGAGCAAGCAUGGAGGAUACUAUCAUGGGGUUAUUGGAACGACUCCUGUACAGACAACCAAGAUCGAACCACCAAAGCUCUUCCAACCUUACAAGAGCGAUAUCACGGAGAAGGCGUGAAGGAGAAUAAUUUUUCUUCAUGGAGAUUGGGGUUGGGGUUGUGCAAUGCAGAGUCGAUAGUUAGGUUUAUGAAUUAUUUGUAAAUAUUGUGGGGGUACAAUUGUUGUACAGCAAAUUGUAUAUAUUGUAGGAUAUUUUUUAUGCUUGGAGUGUAGCCGUCGCUGUGCGAAUAAAAUGUAUAGCGAGUAGAUAAGGAAAUUUUAACUUCUCUUCGUGUCGAUAACUUGUAGUUUAUUUAUUGUGACGCCAAA